AUGGUUAGGAGGGCAAUUAGGUCAAUUGUGAAGAAAGUGAAUGCUGGUUUUGUUGAUCAGUUCAAAAGACUAAGAGAUUAUGCUCAGGAAUGCUUGAACUCAAAUCCAGGGAGUACUAUAAAAAUAAAAACAAGUAGAGUUGUAGAAAAUGCUCCUUGCACAUUUCAAAGAAUAUAUGUAUGUUUUGGAGCAUUAAAGAGGGGGUUUGCACAAGGAUGUAGAAAAGUGGUUGGCUUAGAUGGAUGUUUUUUAAAGGGUAAGUUGAAGGGGGAAAUACUAAGUGCCGUAAGUAGGGAUGCAAACAAUCAAAUGUAUCCGGUUGCUUGGGCGGUGGUAGAAAUUGAGAAUAUUGAUUCAUGGAGGUGGUUCUUGACCUUACUUAAGGACGAUUUGAAUAUGAGCAACACCAGUGAGUGGACUUUGAUUUCUGAUCAACAAAAGGGGUUAACUACUGUGAUCCAAAAACUAUUUCCGGAAAUAGAGCAUCGAAACUGUGCUCGACAUAUUCAUGCAAAUUGGAGUAAAAAACAUAGAGGCAUGGUAUUCAAGAAACUAUUCUGGAAAUGUGCAAAGGCAACAACUACCUCCCAAUUUGAUGAAGUUGUAAAAGAAUUGGCCAAGAGAGACCCUAAAGCAAGUGAGGAUUUAUUGAAGUACCCACCUAAGCUUUGGUGUAAAGCAUUCUUUCGGACGAAUGUUAAAUGUGAUGCUGUAGACAAUAACAUGUCAGAAGCUUUUAAUGGCAUUAUCGUAAAAGCAAGAUCAAAGCCUAUAGUGCCAAUGCUUGAAGAUAUUCGUGUUGCCAUGAUGAGGAGGAUUGCUGAAAAACGUAGAUCUUUGGAUAAGUGGCAAGGAAAUCAUGGUCAUCUUAUCUUAAAGAAAUUAAACCAAAAUGUGUUGGAUAGUGUUGGAUGGCAUGUUGACUUUAAUGGUGUUGAUGGAUUUGAGGUAAAGCAAGGAAAACACCAAUUCAAGGUUAAACUAUUGGAGAGGACAUGUAGUUGUAGAGCAUGGGAUUUGAGUGGCAUACCUUGUAUACAUGCUGUAUGUGCAAUCUUUGAUAGGAAAAAAGAUCCAGUUGAUUAUGUACAUCGAUGCUACAGUAAGGAGAUGUACGAAAUGACUUAUUCUCAUGCACUUGAACCAAUUAAUGGGGAAUUGUUUUGGCCGAGAACAGACUUGGAAGAGAUUGGAGCACCUAUACCAAGGAGAAUGACUGGGCGUCCCAAGAAAAGAAGGAAUCGUGAGGAAAAUGAGCCACGUCAUUCUAAGACCAAAAUGUCUAGGAAAGGAGGAUCAAUUAGUUGUUCCAUGUGUAAGGAGAGUGGACAUAAUAAGAGAUAUUGUCCAAGAAAAACAACAGAAGCUAGAAAUGUGCCAUUAAACGGGAAUGAGCUUGGACAUGAUGGACUUCAUGCAAAUGGUGUUGAAGGAGCAAAAGUGGCAGACAAUGAAGUUAACUAUGACCUUUUUGUAAUAGAUGGUGGACAAGUACUGAAUGAAAAUUAUUAUAUUUUGUUCACUGCUCUUUGUGUGACUGCCAUAAUCAUUAGUACAUGCACUGCCAUAAUCAUUGUAUAUGAAUGCAGUGUGGAUAACUAA